CAUCUAAAUCAAACCUUCGCCAUGCCCAAGCCCGAUAAGCCAGACAAACACGCCGCGGCGUCCCAAGCCGUUGAUAUUCUCGAGGAGAUUGCCGCCAUGCUGAACUGCCACAUGGAUCGUCGCAUGCUGUCGACGUGCAUCUCAUUGAUUGAACAGGGCGUUCAUCCCGAGUCACUAGUUCAAGUCAUCAAGGAGCUGCGUGAGAUUGCCGACGAGACGAGGCGCGAGCAGCAAGAGGCCGCUAUAGCCAAUAGCCGUCGGUGAAACCAACGUCAACCGCGCUUCUUUAAAAUGAUUUUCAGAUUGAUGUUUUGCGCACCGUUUGACAUUUUUGGGGGCUUUUCUUUUCUUAUGAAAUGUAAUGAGUGUUACUUGCUUUUGAGCUGGGAUCCUAUCAACUAUUCUUCAUGGCGCUCAAGGCGUGUGUGUUUACAAAGGGCUAUAUAUUACCACCGAGGGAUGAAACUACUGUUUUACAUAGUAAAUGUUGAAUUAAGUA